AUGGAAGGCGAAAACUUCCCUUAUUUCUUCAGCUCGUUGCCUUCGAGCGGUUCGACUGCGAAUGUUGUAGAACAAUCCAUGCAAAACCCGAAUUUUGCAUCACCAGCUGAUCAGAUGGAUUUGGGUAGCCUUUGGUCAGGUGACUCGACUGCGUCUAGUCAUGUAGAACAAAACAGCAGCAGAUCAAGUAAAACGAAAUUUGGGAAGAAGAAGAAGAAAUAUAUUCCUCAGAGAGUGGCGUUUCAUACAAGAAGUGAAGAAGACAUUCUUGAUGAUGGCUAUAAAUGGAGAAAAUAUGGACAGAAAUCUGUCAAGAAUAGCGUUCAUCCAAGGAGCUACUACCGCUGCACCCAUCAUACCUGCAACGUCAAGAAACAGAUACAGAGGCUCUCCAAAGACAACAGCAUCAUUGUCACGACGUACGAAGGCACUCACAACCAUCCCUGCGAAAAACUAAUGGAGACUUUGAGCCCUCUGCUCAAGCAGCUUCAGUUUCUCUCUAGAUUCUAGAAACAAACAUA